AUGGCGUAUGCGUUCUCCGUCUUGACAGUUAGUGACACGGCAUCUCAGCACGCCUCUGCUGAUAGAUCUGGACCUGCCAUCGCAGAGUUGUUGGUCAUCUCUGGGCGCUUUGCGCUCAAAGAUCACCGCAUUGUGCCCGACGACGAGCACGCUAUACGUGAUGUCCUCACUUGCUGGACAGCGUUUGGAUCAGGAGUUGACCUAGUCAUCACAACCGGAGGCACUGGCUUCGGUGUGCGGGAUCGUACUCCUGAAGCCAUUAGGCCAUUGCUUCAGAAGCAAGCGCCUGGACUAGUCCAUUUACUGCUUGCAUCAUCGCUCGAAAAGACAGUCUUCGGUGCGCUAUCUCGCCCUGUUGCCGGCACCAUCAACGAUACGUUGGUCAUCACGCUACCUGGGAGCCUCAAAGCCGUCAAAGAGGGCAUCGAGGUGCUACUAGCUCGGGGACUUGUUGAUCACGCUCUGGACUUAAUCAAAGGAGGAUCUGGCGAGACUUUGCAUCGUUCUCUGGCGAAAGGGAAGCAGCCUGAGGUUGCAGCUUCCUUGGUAUUCGACGCAGCUCGCGAGGAGCGCCAGGAGGCCGAGCGCGUUGCUGCGGAGCGCCCAGGCUUUGAUGUCCAGUCGCCACCACCCGAGACUGAUAUAGAGCAUUCGCAAACCGGGCAAACACUUGAAACCGUAUCUCUCGGGGAUUCCUCCGAUAACCUGACGUCGAACGAGCCCGUAACUCCAUAUACUAUAGAGACCUCCAUUGCAACAGAGUCGCAGUCUGUAAAGGAGCCCGGGACCCCGCAUGCGGCUGAGCCAGACUUGACCUCAGUGUCUGAGAGCACGGGUUACCACUCAGACUACCACCACCACCACCAUCAUCAUCAUCGCGACAACCGGGACGACCCGGCGUCCGGCCACUUUGUUCCCCAGCCAAGGUCGAUUCUUUCGCAUGAUCCGUCUCAACCUCCCACUGCUCGGCAUCGCGUCUCCCCAUACAACCUUGUGUCGUACGAACAAGCGAUCGACAUUAUCAUGAACAAACUUUUCCCCCUCCCCAUCGAAAAGACAAGAGUUGACCCAUCGCUCGCCGGCUAUGUCCUAGCGGAAGACGUGUAUGCGCCACACAACAUCCCUUCCACCCUUACCACGAGCGUUGACGGAUAUGCGCUUCUGGCGUCGACUGACGGUCCAGGCGUCUAUAAAGUCGUCACGUCCGCCAACCACAAGACCCUAGAUCCUUUGCCUGAAGGCACUAUCUACCGUAUUAAUACCGGAGGCCCCCUCCCAAUCGACACGGACGCAGUAAUCAUGGUCGAAGAUACACGUUUAGUCAGCGUAGCGAAAGACGAAGAUGGCAACGACGCAGAGGAACUCGAGAUCGAGACCCUCGUAUCAGUUCCCGCUGGAGAGAAUGUUAGGCAACCGGGCUCGGACGUCAAAGCAGGCGAUCUAGUCCUGUCCAAGGGUUCUCUUCUGCGUAGUACUGGCGGCGAGAUUGGCACCCUCGCCUUCGUCGGCCGUACAGAGGUGUCAGUCAUCCGCAAACCCGUGGUGGCCAUUUUGAGCACGGGCAAUGAGCUUGUUGAUCUACAUGAUCCAGUCGACGUGUCCCAAGACGGCUGGGGAGGCAUCUAUGACACAAAUCGGCCUUCACUACGAGCGGCGCUCGAGGGCUCCGGCUACAAGGUCAUCGAUCUUGGAAUCGUUGGGGACGACAUUGACUCGCACAUUUCCGCGAUUCGACGGGGUCUCGCAGAGGCAGACGUGUUGGUGACGACAGGGGGUACAUCCAUGGGCGCAAGCGAUCUGCUCAAGCCCGUCAUCGAGCGGCAUUUUGGGGGCUCGAUACAUUUUGGAAGGGUCAUGGUGAAGCCAGGCAAGCCAACGACUUUUGCAACGCUACCAGUACCAGAAGCUCCCGGCAUCCACAAGACGCUUUUCGCUCUGCCAGGGAAUCCAGCAUCCGCACUCGUCAUGUUCCAUGUCUUCGUCUCACCUGCGCUACGUCGUCUCGGCGGCCAUGCUCCGGAGCAAUGUCGAUGCCCCCUUUUGAAAGUUAAGAUCAACGAGCCAAUGCGGCUAGACCUGCGUGUCGAGUUUCACCGCGUCGUGAUUCGUGUCGAGCAUGAUGGUCUGCGAGCAUAUAGCACUGGCGGACAACGUUCGAGCCGUGUGGCCAGCCUCAACGGCGCCAACGGCCUUAUAGUGCUUCCACAGAAGACAUUUGGUGGAUUUGACGUGUUGGAAAAGGAUAGCGAGGCGCAAGCGAUGCUCAUUGGAGAGCUGCAGACUGCAUAG